GGAAACACUGACUGAUAGCAUCCGCUAGGUGUUCUCUGGCUUUCGUGUGCCGAGUGUUGGUGUAUUUCGGCGGCGCUGGCGCAUUAGAAACGUUUUCGCCGGCCAGACCGUUCGGCGACGUUCGCAAGAGAGGAAAGUGCCGCGAACAAUGACGGCCGACCUGAGUUCCUACCGGGACCAGCACUUCAAGGGGAGCCGAGCGGAGCAGGAGCGGCUGCUCCGGCUGAGCUCGACGCUCUACAUCGGCAACAUGUCCUUCUACACGUCGGAGGAACAGAUCUACGAGCUGUUCUCCAAGUGCGGCGACGUCAAGAAGGUGAUCAUGGGGCUGGACCGCUUCCACAAGACGCCGUGCGGCUUCUGCUUCGUCGAGUACUACACGCGCGCCGACGCCGAGAACGCCAUGCGUUACGUCAACGGCACCAAGCUGGACGACCGCAUCAUUCGUACAGACUGGGACGCCGGAUUCGUCGAGGGACGCCAGUUCGGGCGCGGCAAGAGCGGAGGCCAAGUUCGGGACGAGUACCGCACGGACUACGACAGCGGCCGAGGUGGCUAUGGCAAGUUGAUGGCCCAACGCGUUGUGCCGCCAGCAGCAGUGUCGCCUCUCUAGCCGCCGAGGAAGCUGUGUGUGAAAACAGAUGGACAGUGGGGCGUUUGCACUCGGGAGUGCGAAGCAUGUUCAACUGAUGUGUUAGCAAGGUCGCCGCCUGAUGAGCUCGUCAUCUUUUUGUGGGGUGUCUUUCUUCUCGACUGUGUUUUUUUUUCCUCACCCAAAGCGCGCAUUCACACUUGGUGUGUUUGCCCCCCUACCGUCUAAUUAGGCCAAAAAGUGCUUCGUUCAACGACGCUCCGUGUUUUGUCUAUCUGUCAUGCAUGCUUUGAGUGUGUGUGAGGGUCUUCUCAGCGUUGCAUGAAUUUUGUCGCAUGAGUAAUUACUGCUGAGAUGCUUUCCAAAAAUGUGUCAUUUGCUACGAAUGACCUUCCUCAUACUUUAAAAAAGGAAGACAGAAGAAAUAUCGCUGAACUAGUGUUCAUUAUUACGAUUGUGUUUGUGUUGUUAGCCAAUGGCGACUGAUCAUAACAGAUAGGUAACAUUCUUUAGCCCAGACAAAAGUUUGAUGUGCUGUAGGAUUCGCAAUCGUGAAAGUUGUGCAAAACCUGUGAUUGAAACUUGCCAGCAGUGUCUUCUUGGCUGAGGCACAUUGCUGUUGGUGUGAAGUUGCCAAGCUCUAGCGGGUGCCUUCGGAUGCAAAUGGAAUGCAUAAGGCUCUGGAGCACGGGCUCCCUGGACUGCCUUCGAUCUUCAAACUACCGCUGCUUUCGCCAAACUGGCACCUGUUGAAAAUACGAGGAAGCAGCGUUAGAGGUGUACGAAUGUCUCUAGGGUCAUAUACAUAAACGGCAGGUUGUAAAAAAUAAAGUCCCUCCACAUCAUCCUAUACAGUUUUUGGUGUGAAUUUUACCAAAUGGCUCUAUAUUUGGUCUCAAGCUAAGAAUAAACACAAGCUCUGCCCC